UCCACCCAAAGCAGGAAUGCAGUACAGCUGGUUCACACGCUAUUAUAUGGUCCCGCUCGGCUCUACUAAAUAGACACAAACAUGGAUACAAAAAUUGAGCUCUUUGGCUUUGGACUUGCUAGUGCAGGCUGGUUUUGCACUAUUCUCACAAGGUUUUUGCCCAUGUGGAACGUAAGCGGAACGGCAGACAACACAACCACGACACUUCCAUUAUACUGGGAUGGAGUUUGGCUAAACUGGCAGCAUCACAGCACUGGCAGCUUGCACUGCACUUUCUAUCAGUCUCUCCUGUCUCUAACCGAGCAUUUCAACACCUGGAAAAUCCUCCUCGUCGUGUCUAUAGGAAUUGGAUUCCUCGCCAUUGCGGCUUACCCAGUAGGGUGGAUAAGAUAUCCGAAGAACAUGCUGUUUAAAGUGGCUUCUGGGCCGGGGUUUGUAAUAGGUGGACUGGUGUUAAUAGUGGUGCUGUCAUGGGCUACACAUUUAACAAAGGGUGAUUUGGACAUAAGUGUUUCCCUGACACAAGAAUGUGCAGCAGGGAUUUACACUGGCUGGGUGGGUACAGGACUGCUUUUGGUGGGUGGUGGAGUGCUAAGCGUUAUUUGCUGUAAAGAAGUCCGGAAGCAAAGAAAGGAAAGGAGACCGGCGCAAACUUUAGAGCUUGGGGUACAGGAUCCCCUCAACACCAUAAACAGUAGUUCAUUUAUACAAACCCCUCUUCAUACAUAAUUUCAUUUAUGGAUUGAUUCAAGUAAAUCUGAUAAAGUCUAUCUGAUAAUGCUUCUAUUGAAGUUAUUGAGACAUUUUUGUUUAUAGAUGUUUUUCAUUCUUGGACAAACACAGAAGAACUUUUGUUCUCACUCCUGAUUUAGGGUUUUGUAUUUGCCAGGUUUACGUCUUUUUUCUUAUUGGCAUCUUUACAAAUACUUUAUAGUUAUUGAUAUAUCAGCCAAUAUUUGGCUUUUAGUGAUAUGCCUGUUGGCAAGUAGCACAAACUUCAUCUUGUAGUCCACAUUAUUGUAUACACAUUGUGUAAAAUGCAGUGUUCUUUUAAAGUUUGCAAUUUUAGGACCAUUUUACUUCUUAAUCCUAAACUGUAUUGUAUAUAUUAUACAUUGUUUUGUGUGCCUGCUUACUAAAUAUUGGCAUGGGCAAUUAUUUAUAAAUAAUGGGUCAAAUUCUUCAAAUACUUCAACAAAACUUCAAAUAUUAAAAUUCAAAUACUUGAAUUAAAAUCACAACUAAGAGUAGGUAGUAGUUUUGUUUUAUUUGCACAACAUUUUUUAAAUAAAAAUGGCCAAACAAAUAUAUUUGCUGAAAUAUAUUUUGGAGUAUGUUUUCAAAAAUAAAGUUUUCACCAAUACAUUUUUGGCCACUAUUGAAAUAUUUUAAUAUUUCCCUCAUAUAUUUCAAACCAAGGAAAUAUAUCCAUCUCGCAUUAGAAGAAAAAUUUUGGUUGUGUUACAAAACUUUAAAUAUUUAAAAUAUAUUUUGGCUAAGAAAACAUUUUUUUUUUGCCAUAUGGGUUGUAAAAUCAAAAAUGUAUUUGUUGCCCCUGAAAUACAUUUUGAAUUACAUAUUAGUAAAUUAAGGUUAAAAGUAAAUAUAUUUCAUAUUAAAAAAUAUAUUUAAUUAAGCUUUACUUCCUACAAAAUGUAUUUAGCAUAUAUUUAAAACUUGGCCAGAGAAAUGUAUUGUUUGCUGUAUGGGUAAAGCCGGUAAAUAAUGCUCAAAGCGCAGUUGUUAGAGCAUGCAUUAGCAAGAAAAGGUCAGAGUUUUUCUAAGACAUUGUUGCUUCGAAGAAACUUUAGUACAUGUUCUAACUCACGGAGAAAUACUUUUGACGGUACAUAACAUCUUAACAAUUGCCCUUAUGGCAGGUAUAACUGACUUCUCUACAAA